AUGUCUUCCAAAGCUUCUGGACCCGUCAUCGUGGUUGGCGCCAGCCUAGUCGGGCUCUCCGCAGCCUUAUGUCUGGCCUCACAUAAAGUUCCAACUAUUGUUCUCGAGAAGCACGCCGGUAUCUCCAAGCACCCCCGUGCGAUCGGAUUCACCCCUCGGACAAUGGAGAUCUACCACACCGUUGCCAUCGAAAAUAACGACCCAGCGCCAAUUGACUUUGUGCUUGAACGAGCCCAUGUUGAGAGUGUGACCGGUAAAUGGCACGACAAAUCAUCCUGGUCCGACACAGAAAGAAAACCAAAGGCAGAAAACGAAACCCCAAGUGCCUCCCCAAAGACUGAGUAUUCAGCUGCUCGAGGAUAUGCUAAACCUCAAGACAAACUCGAGCCAAUCCUUGAAGCACGAGCACUCGAGCUCGGCGCCGAUAUCCGCCGUCAGCAUGAAGUUUUGAAUGUGGAACAAGACACCAAUGCAGUAAUCGUCACCUUCAAAGAUGCUCAAGAAAACGUACACCAAAUCAGAGGAUCAUACCUCAUAGCUGCAGACGGCAAUCGCAGCACCGUACGAGAACUCCUCCAAAUUCCACGCCACGGACGCGGACAUAUGCAAACAAUCCAAAGCGUCCUUUUCCACGCAGAUCUUCAGAAAUGGACAAAAGGCCUCGUCCAAUUCGACAUUGACCAGCCGAAUCUGAAAGCCUUCCUCGCAUCUUACAGCGACGGUCGCUGGGCUCUAAUGUUCAAAGACGAAAUUAAGCGUGACGACGAAACUCUCCGUGCAGCCAUCUACCAGGCCGUUGGUACCAAUUUCCCCAUGGAAAUUAUCACAACAGCCCAAUGGGAGCUCACAGCUCUAGUGGCUGAUACCUUCCAAUCUGGCCGUGUCUUCCUAGCCGGUGACGCGGCACAUACACUGCCGCCCAACCGCGGCGGCUAUGGUGCGAAUACUGGAAUACACGAUGUGCAUAACCUCGCGUGGAAACUUGCUGCUGUUCUCUCCGGUCGAUCUGCGCCGGAACUGCUUGAUACGUAUGAUGCUGAGCGGAGGCCUGUUGCGCUGUUGCGGCAUGAUCAGAUCUUUGUUCGCGCUGAUUACAAGGUUCACCUUGAUACGGCUGUACCAGCUGGAGAAAAGAUUGAUGAUGAUGCGAUGGAAUUCGGACAGAUUUACCUUUCGAAGGGUAUAGUUGGUGCGGAUGAAUCUUUGCCGAGGGCUAUGAAGCCUGAUGAGUGGAUGGGACAGCCAGGUACCCAUUUGCCUCAUUUCUGGGUUGAGAGAGAUGGGACAAGGGUUCCGAUUCUUGGUGUUGUUGAUUCGACUUGGACUUUGGUUUCUGCAUCGAAUCGGUGGAAUGUAGCUGUUUCUGAGCUUAACGAUAGGUCCUCUAUUAAGAUUCAGUCUGUUUGUCUUGGGAUAGGUGUUUCCGUUUGUGGGGAUGUUGACGUUCAGAUGUUGCUUGGGAUAUCUAGUAGUGGGGCGGUGCUUGUUCGACCUGAUGGGUAUAUUGCUUGGAGGUCAGUGGAGUUGCAGGUUGAUGCUGGGAAGAUACUUGGAUCUACCUUUUCCCAGGUUGCUUUUCAAACCGCCGGUGUUACAGAAUAA